AGGUCUUUGUCAAACAUCUGUGUGAACCAGAAGACCGGCAGCAGGACCUCCAGUGCUACCUUCAGGACCAUCAAUGUUGCACUCAGGAACUCCAGUGCUGCCUUCCCUCCCUGCAGGACUGCAGACCGACCCACAGACGGACAGACGGAGGUUCAGAGGGAGGAGAUAAUGACAGAGUGGAGGAGUGUCUGGGUGUUCAGGCUACUCUCAGUUUGUCUGUCCGUCCGUCAGCAUGGAGGAGUCUCGUCUUGGAUUACUGAUGCUGAUGUUUGUGCUGCAGAGCGACUGCUGCCUGUCCGUCUACAUCAGCAACCACGCAGAUUCUCUCCAUCAAGUUCUGUCAGAGUUCAGUAUCAUUCGUCCAAUCAGAACCAACUCAAAUGGGCAUUUCCUGUCAACGUCAACCUCUCCCCACCAGCUGCAGCGAUGGAAAAGACAUGCCCCUUCAACAGAGGACUCACCCAUCAUCCUGAACAAUGACAGGACUCAAACAAUCACACCCACAAAGCAACAGGCCCGACCAACACUGACGCCACCCUGGAGGAGGCAAGGCCAGAACAUGGAGGCAGAGCUAUACUACAAUGUGACGGUCUUCGGUCAGGAGUUCCACCUACGUCUGCGUCCCAACGCUCACCUCGUUGCCCCAGCGGCCACCAUGGAGUGGGAGGAGUUGGGACACCGUCACUCUGCCCCAAUCGAAGACAGUGGCUGCUACUACACCGGAACGGUCUCUGACAUGGAGAACACAUCUGUUGCCAUCAGCAACUGUGACGGACUGGCGGGGGUGAUCCAGACAGAUCAGGAUGAGUUCUUCAUCGAGCCGUUGGAUCAGUGGAGGUCAGGAAACGAGGAGGAGGGAGGACGACAGCACAUUGUUUACCGCUCUUCAGCCAUCAAGAAACAUCCAGCUGUCAAUCCAACUGAAUCUGUCAGUCAAAGCCCUGAUGACUGUCACCGAGGUCCUCUAUUGGGCUCUCUGAACUUGACCCGCAGUACGGUCCCACCAGGAUCUGGUUCUGGUCGCAGACGGCGUUACGCUGUGGAGGCUGAGCUCUUCAGCAUCGAGGUCCUGCUGGCUGUGGACUACUCUGUUCUUCUGUUCCAUGGUUACGAACACAUCCAGAAGUAUCUGCUAACGCUCAUGAACAUAAUUAACGAGAUCUACCAGGAUCAUUCUCUGGGGGCCAACAUGAACGUUGUCCUGGUCAAAAUCAUCCUGCUGUCUGCAGCAAAGUCCCAGGAGCUGAUCUCUGUGGGGAAUCCUCAGAAGAGUCUGGAGAACGUUUGUGGAUGGUCGUAUCUCCAGCACAGGGAUUUAAGUCCCACUGAGCAGCACGACCACACCAUCUACCUGACCAGGCAGGAGUUUGGCCCCUCAGGCAUGCAGGGUUACGCUCCGGUUACUGGAAUGUGUCAGCUCCAUCGGAGUUGUGCUCUUGUUCUAGAGGAUGGAUUUACCGCAGCUUUUGUAGCUGCACAUGAAACAGCACAUGUGUUGGGUAUGGAGCAUGACGGUGAGGCGAAUGACUGUGCUGACGACGUGGUGUUGGGAAGCAUCAUGUCCCCGCGGGUCCAGGCAACCUUCUAUCGUUACCACUGGUCCAGGUGCAGCUGGAGGGAACUGCACAAAUACCUACACACCUAUGACUGUCUCCGUGACGACCCAUUUGACCACAACUGGCCGGCACAGCCUCAGCUCCCGGGCUUCCAGUAUUCUAUGGACCAACAAUGCCUCUUCAAGUUUGGGCCAGGAUACAGUCUUUGCACAGCAUACACGACCCCUGACCCCUGCAAGCUCCUGUGGUGCAGCGACUACAUCAACCCGUUCUACUGUAAGACCGCCAAAGGGCCGCCAUUGGACGGGACGAAGUGUGCACUUGGAAAGCACUGCUUCAAAGGUUUCUGCAUUAAGCUGACCCCAAACCUCCUGAGACAAGAUGGCGGCUGGGGGACGUGGAGUCCGUACGGCAGCUGCUCUCGAACAUGCGGAGGCGGGAUCCAGUUCCGGACCAGACGAUGCGACAACCCGCCUCCGGCCAACGGGGGGCGCACCUGCUUCGGGAACAGCUACGAGUUCCAGUUGUGUAACCGGGAGGACUGUCCCCCUCUGACGGACUUCAGGGAGGAGCAGUGCAAAGUCUGGAAUCCGAUCUUUGAACAUGAAGGACGGAAACACCACUGGCUGCCGUACCAGCAUCCUGACCCUGAUGAGCGAUGCCACCUUUACUGCCGGUCCCAGGAUACACGGGCCGUGGUGUCCAUGAAGAGAAUGGUGCAUGAUGGGACGGCGUGCUCCUACGAGGACGCCCACAGCGUCUGCGUCCGAGGAGAGUGUGAGCAUGUCGGCUGUGACAGUCAGAUCGCUUCGGACCAGGAGGAGGACCGAUGUGGAGUGUGUGGAGGAGAUAAUUCCAGCUGUAAGAUCGUCAAAGGAAAUUUCACCCGCAGCACCAGGAAACAAGGUUUCCUGAAAAUCGUGGAGAUCCCCAAAGGAGCUCGGCACCUCCUAAUCCAGGAGUUCAAGGGGAGUCCUCAUGUCUUGGCCGUUAAGAACCAGGAGACAGAUCACCUUUUCUUCAACGACGAAGACGAGCUUCCUGAAUCCCGAACGGUGAUCGAGAAGGGAGUGGUCUGGGAGUACAACAAUACUGGAGCGCAGGAAUCCCUUGUGACUACCGGACCUCUCAAGUACAAGGUUCUGCUCAUGGUCCGUUCACAUGGCGACUCCAAGGUGACAGUCUCCUAUAAAUACAUAAUCCACGAUCACCUCCGGUCCUCUCUAGAGUCCAACUUGGUGCAGGAAGACUCCAUCUUCUAUGAGUGGGCGCUGAAGAAGUGGUCACACUGUUCCAAGCCCUGCGGUGGAGGGAAACAGUACACCAGGUUUGGCUGCAGGAGGAAGGCUGAUGGGAAAAUGGUUCAGAGGACUUUCUGCUCCAACAUCAGCAAACCAAGAGCUAUCAGUCGCAAGUGCAAUAUAGAAACCUGCACGUCACCACGCUGGGAGAGUGGGGACUGGGGGGCCUGCAGCGCCUCCUGUGGUCAGACCGGAUGGCGGCGACGCUGGGUGAGCUGUCAGCAGGAGUCCAGUGACGGGCAACAGCAACGCUCGGUCAACAGCAAGUUCUGUGGGCAGGACCGGCCAGAGUCCAAGCAAACGUGCAACCGUGUCCCCUGCCCUCCAACGUGGAGAACCGGACCCUGGACCCCUUGUUCGGUCUCUUGUGGAAAUGGGACUCAGGAGCGACAGGUUGCAUGUUUAAAUCCAGAAGGUGCUGCUGGAAAUUGCCAGGAGCCUCAACCAAUCACGACACGGCUUUGCCAGGCCCCGCCCUGCAGUGAUGACCCAAAGAGCGCCAUCAUCCUGUGGUUGUCCAGGUCCAACCCACACUUCCCAGCUCCACACGUCUCCUCCCGACAACGUUGCCGCAGCGACCGAUCAGUCUUUUGUCGGAUGGAGGUGUUGAAUCGCUACUGCUCCAUCGCUGGAUAUUGGCAGAUGUGUUGCAAGUCCUGCAGCGAGAGAAACUCCAACAACUCCAGCAACUCUUUCAGCUUCAGUAACUUUGAAAACAUCAGCAGCUCCGAGAACUUCAGCAGCUCCGAGAACUUCCGCAGCUCCGGGGACUUCAGCAGCUCCGAGAACUUCGGCAGCUCCGAGAACUUCAGCAGCUCCGGGGACUUCAGCAGCUCCGAGAACUUCAGUAGCAGAAACCCAUCGUUGGGUAAUAACAGUUCUCUGAUGGUAACCACGGAGACAAUGACAUCCAUCGCCACCUCCCUCCACGUCAACAGUGAUGUCACCACCAUUCUACCACCCACUGUCAGUCUUACUCCGCCCCCCACCAGCGCCGACUUUGUGUAUGUGGAUUACGACGAUUACUACGAGUUCUCCUCCUACGAGGAUCCACCACUCCUCUCCGAGCUGGCCGACGUCAGCACCACUACCGUGACAACUACGACAGCAAGACGUCCAAGAAGAACGGCUGCACCGCUCCUGUUCAAGAGGAGGAAUCCUAAAGUUCCAUCAGCUACGGUUGCCAUGGUAACUGUAACACCAGCACUAGCCACGACACCAUCGGCAUCAUCAGGAGGGCAGAGCCUCGGCAGAAAGACCAGCCUCACAAAACCACCUUCGUCACCGCUCUCGAGGAAGAAGAAGAACAAGCCGGUGGAGGAGGUCCAGUACCGGAUUGUGGGAGUGGAUAGCGACGCCACCAGAGAGCAGCAGAACUACUUUGUGCCACGGAUGCCACCUUUCCGCGAGCGGACGCAGAACAAAAGGAUUCAACAACUCCUGAAGGAGAAACAGCUGCAGGACCUCCUGAACCGGCUGAACCGGACCAGAACAGGCCGGACAGGCCAAAGGAACUGAAUCAGCGGAGUUACUGCUGCGUUCCUUCAAAACCGAGCGUGAAGCGCUGAUGAACUCUGAGCAAGGAGCUCAAACUGUCUGGUUCAAGUCCAGAACUUUCGGAGACGGAGAGACUGGAAGUUGCACUUUAGCUUCAAAAACCUCCAUGUCUGUUCUGGUUUCCUUUUCACCAUGUUUGUAUCAAAUAAUCCUGUUUCUAAAUAAAGCAACGUGUCAUUCA